UGAUUUCACAUGUGAGUAUGUCACUUCUGCAGAUGCCGGCUAGCAGCAGGCAUUUACUUUGAUUAUUGCGUGAGAAAGUGGGUACUAUCUUGAUGGUUUGUUUUGAUACAGUUUCACCGAGAAAGUUGUAAAGUAAAAUAAUUCAACUGCAAUCGCUUUGAAUGCUAUCUAAAAUUAGAUCAAUAAAUUUGAAAAAAUGAAUGUCGUCGGCACAGCUAGUCUUCUCGAGGAACUCGACAAAAAACUCAUGGUUUUAUUGAGGGAUGGACGUACUUUAAUUGGAUAUCUUAGAAGUGUGGAUCAAUUUGCCAAUUUAGUUCUUCACAAAACAAUAGAAAGGAUUCACGUUGGUAAAGAGUAUGGAGAUAUCCCAAGGGGUGUUUUCAUUGUCAGGGGAGAAAAUGUAGUACUACUGGGUGAAAUCGACAAAGAAAAAGAAAAAAAUUUAUCUCUAACAGAAGUGUCAGUUGAUGACAUUCUUGAUGCCCAGCGUAGAGAACAGGAAAGUAAACAAGAUCAAAAAAAAUUGAUGAGUAAGGCAUUGAAAGAUCGUGGCUUAUCUUAUGUAGCAGAUCUAGGACAUGAUGAUAUGUUUUAGGUAAAUAUGUGAUAAAUUAUAUUUUCGUCUUCUAUAAAUUACUAAUAAGUUCUUAAUGCUGAAUUUUUCGCACUAUCAAAGUUGUGUAAAAUGAGAGCAAUAUUUUUUAAUCAAGCAACAUAAAAAAAGAUUUAAUGUUAUUUAAUACUGCAAAUGUAUGUAAAUGUAUGUAACUGACUAUGGCUAUGACUAUGACAGAAUUUGAUCUGUAUUCUUUCUGUAUCAUUUUCAAUUAAAUAGUGUAAAUAUCACUUGUACAUCAAUCUAGUGAAGUGAACGUUUAAAAAAUUUAUUUGGAUCUGCGUGAUUUUGUAAACAUGUGUUAAGAUGAACAAUAACUUGUACUGUAAA